GGGCUGGUUACAGUGCUGCAGCUGUACAGAGAGUUACACACAGGGAGAAAUAAGAGUGUCAUCUCCGAAUUCCCCCUGCAAGCAGUCACUGAACAAGGAGGUUUCAUUUUUCUACCCACCCACCCCAAGAGGAAAUUUGAGAGGGAGAUGAAAGCCAUCAGCCCCAUCCGAUCUGUCAGAAGCUGUUACGAGGCGGUGUGCUGUUUGUCUGAUCAGAGUUUGGCGAUCUCACGGAGCAAGAACCCUUUGGAGGAGUCUAUCAGCUUGAUGUACGACAUGAACGACUGCUACUGUAAACUGAAGGAGCUGGUCCCUAGCAUUCCCCAAAACAAGAAAGUUAGCAAAAUGGAAAUCCUCCAGCACGUUAUCGAUUAUAUUUUUGACUUACAGAUUGCAUUGGAAGGUCAGCAACAAGAUCCCGGCAAUAAUCCUGCAUCAAGCGGCUCUCUCCUGACACUGCAGCGAUCGGAACUGUCCACUGAAGGAGAUAGUUUGGGCUUCUGUCAUUGAUUAACCUACGGUGUGUGCUUCACAACUCGCCGCUGCAGCAUUGCUCCAAGAGUACCCUGCCAACAAUCAAGCGUUAAGAAGCCAAGAUAAGAUAAACCUCUCCUAUCCGGUCUCCACUUUAAGCAAAGUCUUGGAACAGUUUUACAUUCAUUUUAAGGACUCAUCGUGUGAAAGAAGCAAGCCAGUACAUAUCUGGGAAAUCCAUUCCAAUUAGCAUCCAGAUCAUUGAAUUUAACCCUCAGUAGUUUUUAAAGCCACUAAAAGGACCAAAGACAUUUAAUGGAGUCAUCUGAUUUCUUUCUCAGUUUUUAAUGGUAUUUGAAUGAGGAAUUAUGAGAUUAACUCAGAAGUUGCUGGUUGACUUAACCUGGUGAAAAGCAACAAAUAUCAUACACUGCAUUCACAACUUGAAGAACAGUAUCUUCUUUUGAGCGGACCCGGACAAUGGGGACUCAGGUCCCCAGAGUUAAACAUUAGAAUGGCCUUUGUAAUCUCAGCUGAAAAAGAAUCACUGAAGAACUUCAUAGCCUUUUUGCAAUCUUCAAAGUUGUUCUUGUUCAGAUUCACCAUCUCCUGUAGCACAGGGUGACCUUGCCUUGGGAUGCAAGGCAAGUGUCUUCAUCUGAGUCGGUCCUUCCCAAAGCUUGAAUCAGUAUCUCUUGGUGUCGUUGUCCUGUAGUGCCUCCCUGCAGUCUGGACCCAUGUCGCACAAAGUCAGUAUCUCUCCGGGUCGUUGCCCUCUAAUGGGGCUCAGUGACUCUGGAUUCUCUCUCAUUUGUUGUGCACGGCCUGUUGUGUGCUGCAUUUGAGAUUAUUGCAGAAAUGUGUGCCUUUGCUAGUUGGAGGGAAUCUUGGAUGGGGACAUUUAACCUAUUAAGAGGGAUUUGCUUUCUCAUUGCAUGGGUCACAGAUGGCCUGAGAAUGUGUGAAGUCACUGUAGUAGUGUGCCUCCCUGCAUGAAAACCAUGUCAGACCCACCAACAGCCAUGGGUGAACUGCUUGGUUCAGUCAAUCCCUUACGACCAAUUAACCACCAUUUUAAAGUUGGACCAGCAAAUGCCAAGCAAUACAUGAAUCAUGUUGCAAUGCUUGACACGUUUUUGAUCACAGUUAAUGGAAAAUCUCAAAUUACUAGUGGGAUCCUCAGACACAGACUCCAACAAAAUCUACUCCUCCGUAGUCAGUUGGCAUAUGGAAUACACUGGGUGCGUUAUGGAGAAAUUUACAGAUUGAGCAUUGCAGCCGUUAUCCCAGUGACUUUCCAAUAUGCUUUAUGAUAUUCAGCCCAGGAGAUGGUGGAAUACAGCAUGUUUGGCAUAAUGAGAUGUUCAGUGUUCAUAACUUCACAAACCAGAAGUCCCAGGGCAGUCCAGUUUAAAAGGCUUGGUGGGUGCAGCCCCAUAACUGUGAAUCACUGUGUUCCAUAAAUGAUUUUUGAAUCAAGUCUAGAAUAUUAUCUUAAUGCCGUUGGAACUUUAGCAAUCAAUACCUUGAAUGAGACAAAAGAUUUUUCUGAAGAUGUUUAUUCUAGUGGAAAUGCACAAUCUUGGAGAAGUACUUCCCAAGUAGACUUUGCUUCACCAAUCUGUAGAAGAGGGAGUGAAGCUCCCCAACCGUUGCGAACUCUAUACUAGAGUAUCUUUUGUAUAUUUGCAGGGAGAGGUGUUCCUGCAAAUAGUUUAUUUCUUCUGACUGUUUUAAAAGAGAACUUUUUAUAAAAGUUUGCAGAAAUGUACAUUUUAUACAUAAUUAAAAAGUUACAUUUACAAAAACUAA